UGAAUGCAAUUGUGAGUGCGUUUACAGGGUGUUUUAUAGGAGGCUGCUGCUGUUUAGUUCAGGGGUGAUCUCGGAGUAUUAAAGCUGAAGUGACGGCACCCGUAGGACAAAACCUUAAACCCGUUUGUGACGAGUCGCAACCAUCUAACAACCCUUCUACUGAGACGCAGCAAUUGAGUUGCAUCACUAUCUCGCUAGUCGUGUAAGAUCUCCAAACUGGAUCUUAGGGUUAGGUUUAACAAAAGUCGUUCAUAUAGAACAAACUGAACAUGGAGAAAAAAAGCAAGCCGUAUAAAACAAAGGGAGGAACGGCAACAGAGCCGGUGCCGCUCCCAAUCCACAAACACAGAGAGCGGCUGGUACGGGCUGUCAAACAGAACCCCUUCGUUGUCGUUACCGGAGAGACGGGAAGCGGCAAGACCACACAGCUUCCUCAGUAUCUCUACCAGGCAGGGUUUGGGAAAGGCGCAGUGAUCGGUGUCACGCAGCCCCGAAGAGUAGCCGCUAUCUCAGUAGCACAGCGAGUGUCUGAGGAGAUGGGCUGCCCCCUGGGAAGAGAAGUGGGCUACCAAGUGCGCUUCGACGAUUGCACUUCCAAGGACACGGCUAUCAAGUACAUGACAGAUGGCUGUCUCCUGAGGGAAAUUCUCGCAGAUGCCAGUCUUAGCAGGUACAGCGUUAUCAUUCUGGACGAGGCUCAUGAGAGGAGCCUGAACACGGACAUUCUGUUCGGUUUACUGAAGAAGCUGUUCCAGAAGAAGAAGCAUGGAGACCGGCAGGCCCCUCUCAAAGUGGUGGUGAUGUCAGCCACGCUGGAGACAGAGAAGCUCUCUGAGUUCCUUGAGGACUGCCCUGUCUGCACCAUACCCGGGAGGACCUAUCCUGUCACUGAGAUAUUCUGCAAUCUGAUUGGCCCAAAAGACAGAGAGAGCUCUGUUUAUGUGAAAGAGGUUGUGAAGGUUGCCCUCGACAUCCACACGAAUGAGCCAGCUGGGGAUAUCCUCGUGUUUCUUACAGGCCAAGUGGAAAUCGAGAAAGCUUGUGAUGUACUUUACGAGAAGGCUGAAUCCAUAGAUUAUCGGCAUGAUGUUGAAGACCGGUCUGUUAAGGGACUACUGAUACUCCCAUUAUAUGGAUCCAUGCCCACUGAUCAACAAAGGCAAAUAUUUCAACCUCCUCCAGCUGGCAUAAGAAAAUGUGUGAUUUCCACAAAUAUUGCUGCAACAUCUCUAACUGUAAAUGGAAUCAGGUACAUUGUUGACAGUGGAUUUGUGAAGCAGCUGAACCAUAAUUCAAGGGUGGGUCUGGAUGUUCUGGAAGUGGUGCCGAUUUCAAAGACUGAGGCGAAACAGAGGGCAGGCAGGGCUGGAAGGACGUGUGCUGGGAAGUGCUUCCGGAUCUACAGCCGGGAGUUCUGGGAGAAGUGCAUGCCGGAGUACACCAUUCCGGAGAUCCAGAGAACCAGCCUGACUUCAGUCAUCCUCACCCUGAAGUGCCUUGGAGUCCAUGACGUCAUCAGGUUUCCUUACCUGGACAGUCCUGAGGAGAGGUUCAUUUUAGAAGCUCUGAAGCAGCUAUACCAGUGUGACGCCAUUGACAGGAGAGGCCAUGUGACGAGAUUGGGACAGUUUAUGGUGGAGUUUCCUCUUCCUCCAGGCCUGACUCGGUCCCUGUUGAAAGCAGCGGCUCUGGGCUCCGAGGACCUUCUCCUUCCUAUAGCUGCCAUGCUAUCUGUUGAAAAUGUCUUCAUUCGACCAGGCCAGCCCGAGAAACAGCAGAAGGCUGAAGAGAAGCACCGGGAGCUUGCAGCUGAAUUGGGUGGCUGCAAUGACUUCACAACACUGCUGAAUAUCUUUCAAAAGUGCAAAGCAAGUGCCUCUCCUGUGUCUUGGUGCCAGGAUCACUGGAUCCACUGGAGAGCCAUAAAGUCUGCUUUCAGUAUUGAGACUCAGCUGCAGGAAAUACUGUCCCGACUCAAGCAGCUGAGUGAUUUCCCAGUUGAAAAGUUUGAAGGCUCUCAAAACAAACUGCUUAGACACUGUCUGUGUUUGGGAUAUUUCGGCAAUGUUGCUAGAAGAUCUGUCGGGAGAACGUUUUGUACA